AUGGCUAUUGCCGAUCCUGACGAUGGUGUUUCAGCUCCUCCUCCGAUGGCGAACUGUGAAGUUACCAACGCCAGUCGGUAUGCAUCAAUUGCAUCAUCGUCGUCGUCG